AUGUGGCGCACCAAGUCAAACGUCAGCCACGUCUCCAAGGCCAGCAAAAAGGAAAUGGCCGCCAACCACGCAGCAACCGCCUCGCUCAGCGGGAGGCCCGGAAACCUCGAUCCGGGUCAGCAGCACGUCCUCGCAAAGUUCCUGCAAAACAUCCAAGAAAAGGGUAUCUACAACCCCGAGCGGCAUGAUGAGGCCUGCCUCUGCCGGUUCCUGCGGGCACGGAAGUGGGACCUGCCUGCCGCCGAGCUCAUGUUUACCGAGGCGGAGAAGUGGAGGACCGAGUUUGGCGUCGAGAAGCUCUACCACGAGUUCGAGUACCCCGAGAAGGAAAAGGUGGACCAGUACUACCCGCAGUACUAUCACAAGACCGACAAGGACGGCCGCCCCGUCUACAUCGAGAUGCUCGGCAAGCUCGACCUCAAGGCGCUGUACCAGGUGACGACGGCCGAGCGCCAGAUCCAGAAGCUCGUCGUCGAGUAUGAAAAGUUCCAGCGCGAGCGACUGCCCGUGUGCAGCGCCGAGCGCGGCGAGCUGGUCGAGACGUCGUGCACCAUCAUGGACCUCAAGGGCGUCGGCAUCUCGCAGUUCUGGAAGGUGUCGACGUACGUCCAGCAGGCGUCCAACAUCGGACAGCACUACUACCCGGAGACGAUGGGCAAGUUCUACAUCAUCAACGCGCCCUACAUCUUUACCACGGUGUGGUCGGUCAUCAAGGGCUGGCUGGACCCGGUGACGGUGGAAAAGAUCAAGAUCCUGGGCAGCGGGUACAAGGCCGAGCUCUGCCAGCAGAUUCCCGAGGACAACCUGCCAGAGGCGCUCGGCGGCAAGUGCAACUGCCCCGGCGGCUGCUCGCUCAGCGACGCCGGCCCCUGGAACACCGAAGAGGGCCGCCAGAUUAUCGCAAAGGUGCGCGACGAGGAAAAGCAGAAGCGCGCCAAGCACGAAAAGGAGGCAAGCACCGCCGCCCCCGCCGCCCCGGCCCCCGCGCCGGCCUCGAACGGACAGGCCGAGACGAUCCCGCCGCCCACAUCGUAG